UGUUUACGAUAUUUGAUUCAGCUUAAAACUAAACUAUGUAUAACGUUUUUCAUUGCCUAAUGGAACCUUUUCAUAAUUUGCUAGUAUCAUGCAAUAACAAUGAGAUGGCUACUGGAGUUGGGGUUGACAUUCACUUUGUUGAUAAUCGUCGACCAAAAUACGGCGACUGCACCAGUAGAGCCAAAAGAACUUACCAGUAAUGCAGACACUAAAGAUUCCAUUGACUUUGGUAAAUGGAAGAAGUAUGAUGUUACAAAUAUUGGCGAAUGUGGCAGGGAGUGCUUAAGGAUGGUGAAUGGUCCCCAAAACUCUAUCCCCAAGCCAAUUAAAUUUAUAGCUAGGUACACAAAUAUGAAUACGGAACAGUCGUUUCUACAGUUGAGUGACAUUGUGAGUGAAAGCACAACAUCGACUGAUGACAUCGGUCUUGUGGAGUUAAUGAGUUUGAAUAUGUUCAUAGUAGAGCCUCCACAUGAUUAUACUGACGAACAAUUAGAAUCCCUUCGAAAGGGACUUACUGAGCGUGGUAUAAUAAUAGAAAACGAUGAAACAGCAUACCUAACUUCCUUUGAUACUCCAAAGGCCUCCUCCACAAUCUCCGGAAGUGCCCCUGUGUCAAAUCAUCAUGCUGAUAACCACUCCGCGUUUUUCAAUGACCAUAUGAUGUCGGAUAACAAUAUUGCCGCUAACUCUGUAAAAAAUCACAAUGAGUCUAGUGGACGAAAUAAGCGAAACGGUGGAAUCACCGGCGCCCCAAUGAAGAAAAAUAGAUCAUCUAAAAAUAAACGAAAUCCAGCAAACUCAAGAAAGGAUGUACAAAAUGAACCAAAUAUACGCGAUGACGGAGAUGGAAACAACAAACCACGUAGAUCACCAAAAAGAAAAAUCAACCAAACUGAGAAAUUUCAAACGAAAAUGAAGAACCAUGGGACAAAUAUUAACCAAGGGAAUGGCCAAGCUGAAAAUAAAACAAGCGAUAAUUAUAGUCAAUCGACAACAAAUAUAGCAAGUCAGAAUGGAGGUGUCCUUGGACCAUCACCCGAUAAAACCAAUCCAGCCAUAGAAAACGUUAAAGAACUGUCAGAUGAUUAUUCCGACAAACAGUGGUAUAUCACAGUAACACAGGCUGAUGAAGCAAUAGCAAAACUCAAAACUAUGAAACGACGUCGUGUUACCGUAUGCACCAUCGAUACGGGGGUGGAUUAUAAUAACAAAUCCUUACAACAUGCGUUUGAACAUGAAGGUAGCGGUGAGUCAUCAUCGGAAUAUUUUGGAGAAAGAAGAUACGGCAUAGAUGCUAUAAAUGAAACCUAUGACCCUAUGGAUAUCCAUGGACAUGGUACAGGUAUAGCCGGGCUAAUAGCAGGAAUGAAGGUUGAUGGAAACGGAAUUACAGGCAUAAAUCCUACCGCACGAUUAAUAGCUUGCAAAGCGUUUGACAACGAUUUAAAAGGAAGGCUAAGUGAUAUAUUGAAAUGUAUAGAUUACUGUAUCAAAAGAAAGGCACAAGUGCAAAACCACAGUUGGACAUUGCCUGCAGCCAGUGGAGCUCUGAUGCAUGCAUUCAAAAUAUUAGAAAACAUGAAUGUGUUAUCUGUUGUUUCGUCGGGAAAUAUGGUACCCAGAGGUCCUAGGGAACCAAAUAUACGAUUGGAACAUGUUGUACCAGCAACAUACACCACAUUCUAUUCAAAUAUAUUGAGCGUUGCAGGAAUGCAACAAAUGACAGAGAAGAAUCUAGCUGAUCGCAUUGCACAAUGUAAAUCUAGAAGAAACAAUCCUGAAAGCUGUGUUGUUGAAUUAAUAGACAAGUUUGAAUUGUAUUCGAAGACCCAAUAUGGUCUACAUAUAUGCCAAGUACUCGCUCCAGCAAAAAAUAUAUAUACCUUAGGCUUGAAUAACACAACGAUCGUAGUAGAAGGAACUUCAUAUGCAGCGGGGAUAAUGUCAGGCGUCAGUAGCAUCUUAUUAUCUCCCAUAUUUAGCAACGAAACCGUUGGUACUCGCAUUGUGCCUCAUUUUAUACAACAGAGUGUAAUAAAAUUAAAAACGUGUAAAACUACAGUACGAUGGGGAGGAUAUGUUAGUGCAUCAAAAUGUUUGCAACAUAUAUUUAAUAACAUGAUUAUCUUCCAAACACGCAGGCUGAGAAAAUGGCGAAUGGCACGUAGAAAGCUAUUGAGAUGAUUUCGAAUAUGGCAAUAAAUAGGAUGUCAUCCAAUACCAUUAUUCAAAGCCUUUUGCUAUUUUGGCUGUAUUUCUUACAGGUUGUUGUUACAUUAAAAU